GCAUAAUGGAAAAAUUGGGAUUGGGGCCUGAUGAAUUGUUUGAAAUAAAUAAGAAAUUAAUUUAUACUAGAUUGACUGGAUUUGGUCAAGAAGGAAAAUAUUCAAAGAUGGCAGAUGAAAAUCUAAUGUUUCCAUUAAAUUUAUUAGCUGAUUUUGCUGGUGGCAGAUUAAUUUGUGUUGUUGGAAUUUUAUUAGCAUUAAUUGAAAGAUCAAUUACUGGAAUUGGAAAAAUAAUUGUUGAUUCUUCAAUGGUUGAUGGUGUGAAAUAUUGA